AAAAUCCUCUGGCCGGAAGUUCUGCUGCUCCUCCUCCUUAUGGUGUCAUCUAUUCGGGGAGAACUGGACGGUUCCAGAAGAUGUGGGCCCUACGAGUGUCGGCUGAGCAAUCCGAUCUGCCGUUGCGAGUCCUUCUGCCAGGAGUCCAGCCAGCGGUGCUGGAAAUCCCCCACAGGAUGUCAUUGUGCCAGAGGUUACGCUCGUGACAAACGCGGCCACUGCGUGCCCCUCAUUCUGUGCCCCUGAAUUUUUUGAGUGUAAUUUCAGUUUUUUAACAGUUUUCAUUCCAAUGUUCAUGGUAAAUAUAUUUCGGACAUUGAACCUUCAUUUUACUGGUAAACUUUAAAAAAUACGCACUAACCGAAAUAAGUUUCAUUGGAUCAUAGCAGCAACUUUAGCCAAGACAAAAAGUUUAUAUCGUACUUUCAGCUCCUUGUUAAUUAAAUUGUUUACAAAUCGGCAUCAAUUGAGUUAAAUUUAGCGAUAGCUUGCAUUCAACGCUUUUAUGGCUGCAUUGUUUUUUGCUUAACAAAAAAACACCUGAACACUGGUAAAAAAAAAUAUAUAAUAAAUCCAAAUAUUUUGUAUUCAA